GGCGACGACGCUGCUCCUUUCCUUUCCUGCGUCUCUCCAAACCUCAAUUUUAUAAUUUUAAUGAUUUCUCCAAUUAAAAUAAAGAAGGAAAAAAAGCACACCCAAUCACCUCAUAAAAGAGAAAGCCACAAGCUUUCAGCUGUAUUCUGCUCUUCGAUCCUUGCUUUUUCUGGUGAAUUCAUGCCCUGAAAUGUGGAAAGUGUUGAGGGUUUAUGCGUUCUUCCUAGGUUUCCUUCACGUCGUCUCCCUCUUCCUCGCCGCCUUUACAGCCUCUUGGUGGGGACGGAAGGUAAUUGAGAUCUGGGAUAUUGAUUGCAACCUUUGUGGAGUAUAUGGGUUUUUUGAAUAUGAUAUAACUUCUGCUUGGUUGCUGGGAAACUGUUAAUUGUAAUGUAGUUUGACAAAUCAUCCAUUUCCUCGUUUGAUUUGAUGAAGUUGUUUUCAUAAGUGAUUAUACCAAUGAUGAUAGAUCCCGUAUGUCACUUUAUUUUCUAAUUUCUUUUCCUAUGGUUGACUACCAAAAUGAUAGUUUCAUAAUUGUUUUUGGCUCCUUAACAAAAGAUGGGAUUUUCAAUUGUUAAGAUGUGGCAACUGUUGUUUUCAAACCAGUCCCUUUUGAUCCUGGAAAGAAAUUACAAGUCUAUCUUCAAAAAUUGGAAAUUGCGUAUAUACUUCUGCAAAUAUGUAGACUGCAGUCUGUAGACAUGUUUAUUUGUUGUAAAAGUUAUACUAAGGAUGUUGAUUUUUGCUUGGAUGAAUCCCUUCAUAUGUUUUCUUGUAAACAAAGGUUUUUAAUAGAUCAGUUACGUUGUAUCCCCACUUUUUCCUCUACUUCAUUUGUUAAGUGCUUUUAACAUUGUUUUAUAACGGCAUGAUUUUAUUGUUUGCAAAUGCAGAGUAGUAAGUGAAGCAGUAUAUUAUUCUAGGCCAUUGCUAAUAAGUAACAGCUAAGGUCUUCGAAUUUUAUCCCUCUACAAUCUCAUGUAUGUCAAGCUCUGCUCUGAUUUAUUUGUUUUUCACCUUAAACUCUUUGGUUCAGUUGUUCUGUUGUAAUACUCAAACCAUUCAAUUAGAGAAUCUAUAGCAAAACUUUUAUAAGUUUUACCUUUUAUUCAAAGGCCAAAUGUACAAAGUGCCCCACUAUAUUUUUAAGUUUUAGUAAAUUAGCACCCAAUAAAAAAUUUGAAGCAAA